AUGCUUCAAGUGAGCCCUGUUCACAACUUGAACACUUUUUUCCGACUUGGUAUCCAUUGUCUGGUUCAAGCUAUCAACAGAGUUCAUGUGUUUGGAGAGAAAUUCAUCAGUGAGGUAGCUGUUGUGGCAACAACAAAAUGGAAGCUGAUCUUGUUCAUUGUUACAAUAAUGUACAUUUUCUUCAAAGUACUGCAAAAGACACGUAAGUGGGUGCCAAAGGAAGUUGCUGAUUCAGCCUAAUAUUUCACGUGAAGGCAACUUUUUGACCAUAUUUUAGUAUUAUUCAUAAACUGAAACUUCAGCAGUUUUCUUUUCAUAUCACAACAUUUUUUUGAUACAUAUACAAACUUGCACAUUGUGCUGAAGAAGCCUGUUACCAGUUAUAAAUCAAUUCUGUUACCAUUUUAAGGAAAAUGCUGUAUAUUAUGGUGACGGACAUACAUGUAAUUAUUCUCUCUUUGCACAACAUGACUUUGUGUUACAGUUCACAAAGUCCUCCUUCAAAAUAUUUGGGAAAUAUUUAACUGUCAGUUAGAGACACAGUUAAGUGUUUAAGCAUGGUAAGAUUGUAUAGUUUACCUGGCUAAGGGGGAGGAAGCCUGUUGGGAUUGGUUACCAGAUGGACCAUCACUUAUUAAAACCUGUUAUCACCUGGCAGUGGUUGCAUGCCUUAGGAUGGAAUCUGGCUUUAACUUUUUGUAAACCAUACAAAUGUGAAUUUUUUUUUGUAGCCAAUGAACAAAAGAAAUUAUCUCUAAACAAAUGUUCCAUUUACCAUUAAUGAUAAUUUUAGGUGAGGAGCUCAAGGCUACUGAGGAAGUAAUUCUUAUCACAAGAUUAUUUCAAAUGAUCAAGGUUUGGAUGCCCAAUUGUAUUAGCCAUUUACACCAUCAUAUUUAUGAUCACAUAUUUGCAUGUUUGCAGUGAAGAAAAUUACAAGUUGUUGAAAAAAUACCUUGUGAAAAGAUUGAAAUUGUUUUUAAAUGGUUUACUAGGACAUUCAAUUAUUUUUCACUGAGACGUGUUGCUGAUUAAGAAAUUAUCGCCAUUUUCCUGUCAUAGAACACGCAAAAGCCUGGAGUUACUACAGAUAUUAUAUCACUCAUAGAAAAGCACAAGAUUGAUGUGAACAGGAAGCACCCUAAAUCAGAGUCUGGCCUAACUUUGUUUUUGGUGAGUUGUCCAAAACUGAACAAUGUGUUCAGAAAAGAUUGCAGCUUAGGAUGUUGGGUUCAAAACAGUUGAAACUAAAUGCUACUGAGAAUAAUUUUAAUAGUACAAAAAUGUAAGGCAUUAUCUUUUAAAAGACAAUGUACAAAGUUAGAUUGUGUAAUGUCAAAAGUGGUUGCCACAGAAAUGGCAAGAAACUUGACAGUACCUUAUUUGUUUAAGUCUUCUCAAACUUCUGUCUUGAAACUUUUCUAGUUAUCCACUCUUUUGUAUAAUUACUGUAUAUGUGCAAUUUUUACUGUUGAUUAAUCAAGGAUUUUGACUUAUUAUUAAGAAAACUAUCUAUAAUGCUUAUGUUUAGAGCUUAUCUUUAAAAGUAUGGAAACUAAGAAUCCUACUUGUAGAAACUGUUUAAAAUGUACCCAGGUAGAAUUACAAAAAAAGUCAUGAAGGAAAUUUGUUUGAGACAAAAAUCUGAAGAUAUGAGUUUACUGCCUGGGGAAAAACGUUUGUAAAGUAAAGCUUGUUCCAACCUGAUGCAAUUGAUAUUUUAUUAGUGAUAGUACUUUUUAAUAGAUACAUGUAACUAAAAAUAAUUUAACUAUGUGCUUGGAAAAAUACUUGAAAUAGUAAUUCAAUGAAAAAAACUUACCAGAUCUGUAUCUUAUGUAUUGCUAGUGUGCCUGUUUGAGUGGGGACAAUUGCCUUAUUUUAUACAUGUUGAAUAAAGGUGAGGAGUUUAUCCCUUUUUUUAAUUAAAUUGUUUUAAAGAUAUUAGUGCCUUAAGUAAAAGAAUGGAAAACUUAAUUUCUCAUAGUCUUUGAUCAAUAUCAAACCUUUUAUACUUUAUCUGAAUGUUCCUUGAAUCAGGAGUUACCAGAAACCCUUCAAGUAUCUUUGAAGAAUAGGUUUAAAGUGAAAGGCAAUCCCUUUUGGUGAAAUAGGAGCAGGAGCUGACACUGCACUUUAUUCUUUUUAUAUGAUAAAAUUGAAUAACCUUUACAUUUUAUCUAAGAAUAAAUUGAAAAAGACUUGCAUUUUUAUAGGAGCUGAUAUAAAUUCAAAUACUUCAUGCAAGGAUAGUGCCCUUCAUCUCGCUAGCUUUUUUUGUGGCACACAGAAGGUCUCAAACUGUCUUGGAGUUAUAACCUCCUUGUUUGAAGCAGGUAAAUUCCAGAUGAAGAAAGCAAUACACUGAUCUCAAGGUAUAAAUUGCAUUAUUUUUCUCCAUCCCAUCCUUGGGGCCAGGGUUAUUUUGGAUAGUAGACUUUCAGAGGAAAAAUCUUGACAGGUUUCAAUUCAAAAUAAAAAAAAAGGAAAAAUGCCAGGAAAUAACUAAUAUCAUAUUAUGACAGUUUUAGGCUUCCUCGUCUUAACCCUCACUUCUCAAAAAAGUUUAAAGAAAAACUUAAAAUUUUUAGACAGACAUUUCCUGAAUGCUUUUGUAAAUCAAUUGUGGUUUUACUACGUAACGUUUUAUUAAAUUUGAAUUCUUUAUCCUGGUUUACUUGAUACAGCUGGGGGGUUGAUAAUACCAAGUUACGAUAGAGCUGAUUGACUAUGCUGGUAUAUUUGAAAAAGAGACCCUUCUCUUACAUCAUUGGCCUUACCAAAUAACUCAAUAGUUAUCAUCUGUGUCAAUUUUACUUUCCAGGGUGCGACAUAAAUUCUCAAAACUGGGUUGGUAAUACUCCUCUGACUAUUGCUGCAUCCUCCGGGAAUUGUAACCUCGUGCAACACCUGAUAUCUCUAGGUAUGGGUAUAGUUUUCCGACUGGUGCAAUUGGCAGGACCCAAAACUUUUUAAGAAUGAAACAUAAAAUUGAAUUAAUCAGCUUUGUACGAAAAAAGGAGUUAUCACGGAAAAACUCAUUCAUGGCGCACCACAAAAAUUGUCCUUUGUCUCCUCCUCCUCUUUCUGCAUCAUUUUCGGCGUCUUCUUUUCUACACGUGCACGUCAACCAAAACCUCACAGCUUUUUUUGUAAGUUUUGUCGAUUUCCCGGCAUCGGGAAGGUUUCAAUACAUUCACGUGCGUCAAAUUUAUGAAAUUGAGUGUCUAAAUUACGACAAAGAUAACAGUGGUUUUUUUUUGGAACUCGUUCUAAAUAACGCUUAAGUCGCUGACAAUAUAAACCUAACCCUAAGCAACUCUCUCCCUAACCUUUUCUGGCAUGUGCGAAAUGUUUUACUUGUUGACGCGAAUAGCACUCUUUUUUCGGAAUUAUUAGGUGCAGAUAAGAGUCUUUGUACAAACGACGGAAUCUACCCCAUGGACUUUGCAAUAAAUAGUGGUAAGUCCCUGGUCGUGUGUGGUUCCAGAUUUCAUGUUUUGAAACGUGGGGUGCAGAUUAUAUCGCUAUGUAGUUAAAAACGUACGUUCAAUAAAGCGCUUUUUCCGCGUUCGGAAUUUAAUAAAACUAGUAGAGUGGUUUGUUUUAUUCCUCACCACGGAUCGUAGGAAAGAAAAAUUUAUAUUUCUAACACGAUUAGGUGUUAUCCCAAGGCUAGUCGACUAGACAAUUUACUUUGGAAAUAACAAAAAAGGGUUCCGCGACGCAUAAAGCAUUGAUUACGUGAUUAAGGUUGACCUCUGAUAUUUCGAUUUUUUAUCCCUUUGUUUGUUCAUAUCUUUUAACUGCAUUUACAUUGCCAUCGUGACCUUUUGGAAUGUUGUUAAAUUCGUCUUCCCUGUGGACAGGUCAUCUUGAUGCGGCAAAUUUGCUGGCUAUUGCCGUUCCAAAUCCUCAUGUUUGGGACAUCGUUGAACCCCAUACUCCCCCAAGAGUUAAGCUUGGUCUUCAGAGUCCUUGCAAGCAGCAUCUGGUGAAUUCUUCAUUUCGAAGGAGUCGCAUGGACUUCACUAAGAAGCAACAACAUACUGCACCAAGUAUGAUACGUUGUUAA